UUUGUGUCCGUGAGGAGUAGUUGCGGACUGACAAGAUGAUGCAGCAGUAGCUAUUGAUGCUGUUUUUUGAUGAUGCAGUAGCUGUGGUGCUGCUUUUAUUUUGCUGUUGCUUGUUAUAGUGUCUUGUAGAUCACGAAUAAGGUGCUUUACAAAAUUUGACGACGGCGUAACUGGUAAGAAAAUAGAUUGAACUUCUUAAUGAAUCUCGUUAAGCUCUCAAUGCCCUGUGAAAGUCGUAUUGUCUCCUACAGUGACAUCUGGAAGUAUAUAAAUCUGUUAUAUAUUUGUCGAGGCUGCCGUUGUUGAACGUUGCCUGGCGUGUUUUGAUAAAUGGAAUAUUGAUAUGCCGAUGCUACAUUUGCUGUGAGCUCACGAGUGCGUAUUAGAUUUGUGGCUGCUACGACUGGGUGAUAGCUGAUAUUGCUGUAGCAGCAGUCUUCGUAGCUGAUGUGGCAACUGCUGCCGUGGCUGUCCAUGCUGCGUUUGUUUGUGCUGUUGUAAUAAAUUGCUGCAGACCUUGAUUGGUAAGACUGUUUUAAAUGUUGCAACGUGUCGCUAACAUUUACUGUCAGCUACAUGAGAUCGAAGAUUUUAAUAAAAUUGAUGGUGUUGCUGAUUUGGCGAACGUUUUCUAUAGCCGUGGUUCACUGCUGAUCUGCAGCCAGUGCUCAGGUACUGUUCUUAUUGCGACAUCUCUUUUAGGCGCAGUGGUUUUGAUUUUUGCAAUCUUUUGUGCAAAUUCUGACUAAGAAUCCUUCUAAAUGCGAACCUGAGUUCUGAGAUGUGCUCGAUGCUUCUGGGUAAGAAUUUUGACUCUGUUGAUUUCCCUGUGUGUUCUUGGUGGUGCUGUUUUGGUGUAUUUUUGCUGCUGAACGUCAAGUUGUGGAAUGAUAUCUCACCGGCGCAUAAGUCUUUCCGGGUAGGAAUUACUGAAGCUCCUCUGGCGGAGUCAAUGGCGGCAAUCGGCGGCGUAUCGUUCGUAGUAUCAUCGGUAAGUGGAGCUCGAUUGAAUCCGGAACGACGCCGUUUCGGCGAUUUGAAGCGCUUUGCGUUGGCUCCUCGUCCUCGAAGGUAUAAGACACUUACAGUUGCAGCUUCUUCGGCUUCCGCCGCCGGAACCUUGCCGGAUCCUGUCGUCGUUGAUGAUGCAAAAUCGAAUGCUCGCAAGAAUAUUUUAGCGUGUCCGAUUUGCUACAAGCGCCUAACCUGGAAUGUUGAUCCCGGUUCAUCUUUGGAAUCUGUAGGUCGAUCCACUUUACAGUGCCACACUUGCCAGAAGUCGUACUCAGGUAAGGACUCGUAUCUCGACAUGACAAUAGCCGGAGGUGGAAAUGUCUCCGGGGAGUCUAUGGCAGCUUCGACUGAGUUUUUCAGGUUUCCGUUGAUAUCAUAUCUCUACGAGAGAGGUUGGCGACAAAGUUUUUCAGUGCUUGGAGGGUUUCCCGGACCGGAGAAGGAGUUUGAAUUGAUCAAAGACUACAUCAAACCGGUCUCGGGUGGAAACAUAAUCGAUGCCAGCUGCGGAAGCGGCAUGUUUUCGAGACUUUUCGCCAAAAGUGGUUUGUUUUCUGCAGUUGUGGCAUUGGACUUCUCCGAAUCUAUGUUGCAGCAAUGCUUCGAGUUUGUUAAGCAGGAGGAUAACUUCCCGGAAGAGAACUUAAUCCUUGUUAGAGCUGAUAUCUCCCGGCUUCCGUUUGCUUCAAGCACGGUGGAUGCUGUCCAUGCUGGCGCUGCUAUGCAUUGUUGGCCCUCACCAUCUGCUGCGGUUGCGGAGAUUAGCCGUGUUUUGAAACCCGGAGGGACAUUCGUCGCUUCAACGUACAUUCUCAAUUCCCCUUUUACAUAUAUUCCUCUCGCCGGUCCUCUUCGCCAGAGUAUUACACAGGUGUCGGGUAGCCAUAUAUUUUGGUCGGAGAAAGAGCUGGAGGAUCUAUGCACGUCUUGCGGGCUUGUGAACUUUUCAAGCACGAGAAACAGGAGGUUUGUUAUGAUCUCAGCCAUGAAACCUUUGAGUGGCUAAUUUCUUAAAUAUCGUUUUCUUUCUUUCUUUCUUUUCUUUCUCGUUUAUAUAUAUAUAUAUAUAUGUAUGUACUUGUGAUUCUUCUUCACUGUUAAAUAUGGUCUUGUUUGAUGAGAUACUUAUAAUUUAAAAAGAGCUUGAAAUGAAUCAAUUCCAACA